AUAAAGUUUGACCUGGUGAUGGAAUUCAACGCAGAAACCUGGAUAAGAUAGAUUUGGUAAGCCUAAAUCUUCAGUCGAACACAAGUCUGCUAUAGAGCCCAAGAACGAGUAAGGAUUCUGAGGACUGGGAGCUCUUGAAAGUCAUGAAAUCGAGUGCGAGCUCAAUUGAUCGAACUUAAAGAGUCGACCUAGUCUACUAGACCACACGACCAAGUCUGCUAUAUUUAUAAUUUUGCCUGUAUGCUUGUGAAUUUUACACAGACGCGUCCUCUUGAUGUUGAAAACCUAGAGCGAUAUGAUCCUGUUUUCAUCCUGCGGUUCUCGCUUUAUAGUCUAACUGUGGGUUAUAUUGAACCUAUGGAGUUUGCUGGUUUAGGCUUGCUUGCCAUUGCAUUUGUUAGCAUGUCAUCACCUGAUGAGGGGAUAAGAAAGUUGGCUUAUAGCACUCUUGGGAAAUUUAAGGACACAUUGGAGCAAUGUAAAAAGAGGAAGGAAGUGACACGUAUUCGACUACUGCUUUCUUCUUUGCAAAAUGGCAUAGAAGAGCCAUGGCAGAGAAUUCCAUCUGUUGUUUCAAUUUUUGCCGCAGAAGCAUCAUUUAUUCUGUUAGAUCCUUCACAUGAUCAGUAUUCAACCUUAAGUAGACUUUUGAUGAAUUCAUCCAAGUUAAAUCUGAAGAAUGUACCUGUGUUUAGUGAUUUUUUCUGGAGCACCUCUGUGAAUUAUAGAGCAGAUAGGUUGUGGAUACUUCGCCUAGUAUAUGCGGGGUUAAACUCGAGUGAUGAUGCCCAAAUUUACAUCAGAAACUCCAUUCCUGAGACUUUCAUGAGCUUUUACUUUUCUCCACUUUCAGACACCGAGUCCAAGGAUCUAAUUCUUCAGGUGGUGAAGAGGUCCGUUAAAUCUUAUAAGUUGACUCGUCAUCUGGUUGAAAGUUGUGGUCUCUUGCUAUGGUUGUCAUCUGUCUUGACCGCCAAUACAAGGAAUUCUAGAGAGGAAACUAACAUUUUCAUAAUGCAACUAACUGUCGUGUUAGAGGUUGUCAAUGGUGUUAUUUCUUCUAGAAACAUUACUGAGUGGUUGCAAAAGGAGGCUCUUGAGCAGCUUAUGGAACUUGCGUCUCACCUGCUAGAUACCUAUCUUACACCAACAUCUCCAACUCCUACUUUCAUUCUUCAGCAGUGUCUUCCAAUGCCAAGAAAAUGA